AAGCGCUGAUCUUUUAUUUAUUACUUUUUUCCGUCGUCACUCUUAUCAUUAGUUCCGAUAGAAUGAGUUUUUCAUAAAUAGUUGUGCGUCAAUGUCAGGUUUCCCUUUAUCGCUUGAUAAAAGACAGAUAGCACGAUAUUAAACGCAUAAGAGUUACAUCUAAUCUAAUCGUAUUAAUUAAUCUAAAACGCGUAUCGAGCGAAAGCACAGAGUGAAGUUGGCUCGGUUUUAAAGUUAAAUCGUAAAUACGUGUUCUCGAUCGCGCGAGGUUAACGGGUCAACGCCUCUCGGCCAGUUUGACAUUUCUAUCAGCUGUCUCGCGUUCGACAUGGCUGCCCGUGAGACGCGCCUACCUCCGAGGCACCGGAGAACGCCUACGUCGGAACGAAUGUGAGGCCGGCGGACGUGAACGGUGUGGAUACAGUCGUGAGCCACGAGAACACCGUCUACGGUCUCAGGAUGGCCGGCAACGGCGAGGUUCUGGAGGGAUUCAUAUGUCCCAUAUGCAUGACUGACUUCAAGGCGCCGAGCCACUUGACGAAACACUUCGAGGAGGUUCACAAUGAUGACCCGGAGAUUUUACGGUCGCUCAAAGAUUUGUUCGGCAAGGCGAAGAAGAAGAUCUUGAAGCAGGAUGACAUCCCGGAGGUGUUUCCGAGCGCGAUGCAGGCGCAGGAUAAGAGGAGGAGUCCUGAGAUUAGUUGGGGACCACAAGAGAUAGGUGCAAUCACGUCUCAUACAAAGUAUUUUAAGGAAGUACGGAACGCGCGGCUGGAGAGGUACGCGUACGAAACGAACAAGCUUCUUAUAAGACUAGAUAAAUUAUUAAACAAUUUGCCGUCCGAUCCUGUUGAUAGAAAAGCACACGAGCGCACGAUCGUGCCGUGGAUCGACGAGAAAGACGUGAAGUUAUGUCCCAACUGUGCUAAGAGCUUUCAUCUGGCGAGGAGAAAACAUCACUGUAGGCUGUGCGGGGCGGUGAUGUGCCAUAAUUGUACAGUAUUUCUGUCCCUUGUUGAAGCACGAAAGAUGACCAGUCCAGUCUCCGUGCAAGAUGACUCUGCUCUGUCGCCCACGACGGAACGUGCGUUCCCCGAGAAAACAUUACGCGCGAGAGUCAGCCUGCCGAAAUUAGUGCGCUCGCCUUCGAGCGGCAGUUUAAACAGCAUCUUGUCGGUGGUAAACGAUCCGGCUAACGGCGAGCAACACUUUAGGGUUUGCACCCACUGCAUAAACCUGCUCGACGCGAGGGAGAUGCAGAAAGCGAAGCAGUUCGACAAACCGAUCGUCUGCGAGUUUUAUGAGAAAAUGCGAAGCUACAUGAGCGAGGCGUCGCAACAUGCAGCGAUGUACACCAAAAUGUGGGAGUCACUGAAGGAAGGAGAGACUACGUACGGCCUGGAGGACGCUCAAUCGGUGCGAGUGAAGCUGGCGAAGCUGGGCGAGAACAUAGACGCGACCAGCAAGAGAAUUCUGAUUCUCGGUGGCAAGAAAGACACGCAGGAGGAGCCGCAGGAGGCGCAGGGACAAGAACUCAGGCUGUAUCAGAUGGUCCGGACGUCGGCGAUGAUAUUUUUGAAGGAAGAGCUGUUGACUCUGCAACCCUUGCCCUCGGCAGAGGAGUACGUGGCUCUGCAAGAGGAACACCAGAGGAGGAUAGAGGCCCGGAUAGCGUACGAGCGGCAGGUAGAGGAGCAGCGCGAGAAGCCGAAGGAGCAACGCAAGAGGGACACGUGGAGCUCGGAGAGUAAUCCGCCCGUGAAGACUAAUCAGGCACAGCCGGUGGUGACGCAGUCUCAAGGCUGGGGCCCGUCCAACGUCGCACCCAUCAUGUCUUCCACCGUGGACCCGAUAAUCGAACAAAUGAGUAAUCUCCGCGCGUACAUCAAGCAGGCCCGCGCCGACUGCAAGUACGACGAGGUUGCGAUGCUGGAGAGCAACCUCCGUGAGCUACAAAGUGCCUACUUUGCAAUGAAACAGAGCAACAGUAGCGAUGGAUAAAAGCAUAUGACUAGCAGGUUCUUCCUCAUACGCUGCGAAAGGUCGGACUCAUUUCUAGUGCAAAACUAUUGUAUUUCCUAUUAAAUAUUUAAUAUAAUAUCUUCUUGUACCCCUGAAUCUUGAUACACGCACAUGUAGCACGUUACACGUUAUAAAAACUCGAAAACAAUGAAAUGUACAAAAAGAUAGUUUAAAAGAAACUUUAGUGAAUGUAAAGUUACAGCAUUUUACAUAAAAGUUUUGUAUUCGCCUAU